GUACCGCGCGUGCGCAGAACAUCAUCCGCCGACGUCAUCACACGGCGCCCCAACAUGGCGGACAAGAAAAAUGUUCUCCGCACGUUAAUGGCUUAUGCCGGCGACUCGGACUCUGAAACCGAUACUGAGACAGGUACAAAAGGAGGACUCGUCUCUGCUGGAUACGGCGAUGAUGAUAUCAGCAGAAUGGAAGAAGCAGGUGAGCUGGAGGAGGAUGACGAGAGCAGCAGUCCACUGGAAGGUGAAGAUUCAGAAAAGGAGUUGCAAGAGGCAGAUGGGAUAAAGGAGAUCCUUGAAAUGGAGAAGAAGAAUCCUCAGGAGCUGGUAGCUUCUUUUUCGGAAAAAGUAAGGAACAUGUCUCCUGAUGACAUCAAAAUGCCACCCGAACCCAUGGGGAGAUGUUCUAACCACCUACAGGAGAAAAUUCAGAAGCUGUACGACAGAAAGCUAAACGAAGGCCUCGACAUGAACAACAUCAUUCAGAGAAAAAAAGAGUUCCGCAACCCCAGCAUUUAUGAAAAACUGAUCCAGUUCUGUGGCAUCGAUGAACUUGGUACAAACUACCCAAAGGACAUGUUUGACCCCCAUGGAUGGUCAGAGGAUUCAUACUAUGAGGCUUUAGCCAAGGCUCAGAAAAUAGAAAUGGACAAAAUAGAGAAGGCCAAGAAGGAACGGACAAAGAUUGAAUUUGUGACCAGAACAAAAACAGGAACCAACACCAGCUCUGGCACAGGCACAACAACCACAUCAAGUACAACUGUGGCAGAUUCUCAGAAAAGGAAGAGUAAAUGGGACUCCGCAGUUCCCGUGACGACAAUAGCUCAGCCAACAAUCAUCACUACUACUGCAACAUUGCCGGGGGUCGUCACAGUAACAACCAGUGCCACUGGGGCAAAAACCACGGUCAUCUCAGCUGUGGGCACCAUUGUCAAGAAAGCUAAGCAAUGAGCCUAGGCCAGGAGCACAGUCUCUGAACAGUUGCAGAGCUCAAGGCCCUGUGGGACCAGACUCAUACUCAAAAACUUAUUUUCUUUCCCUUGCAGCUACUCACCUCAGCUGUGUACAGCUGAGUCACAAACAGCUUGAAACAGUCCUUCACUGCCCAAUUUGGGGUCCAUCGUGUCAACUUAAAAUAUAUUAUACAACCUGGGGAGUAGUGGCAGUAAUUUCAAUGCUGAAAGGUCUGAACUGUAUAUAUAGGGUGUAACUGACCUGAGGGGAUUGAAGGGUGAAAUAGGUUCGCUGGACAAGAUGGGGAGUGAAUUUGGGUUUUUUUGGGGAGAGGGAAGGGGGCAACACAACAGGUCAUCUGGUGAUCACUAAGAUCCAGAAAUCAACUAAAUGGGUCUGGAUACUGAUUGUGCUUUCUGUCGGUCUCAUACUGUAGGCUGUUGCACUUGUGUUGUAAACUGUGGACGAGUAAACACACACUGCACACUCCUGUAUGAUUAUGGCAAAGCAUUGUAAACUGCUGGCAGUGUGGAAACACAAAUAAAAGCUUCUUACUUUCUU